AUGUUAUUACAAUCUAAAAAGCAGAAACUCAACAAGGCGAAGAAACAGCAACAGGAACUCUCUGCUAGUUCAGGAAAUGAGAUUGCUCAAGAGGGCACAAACUCGUCCAUAGGAUUGAUAAGGAAAUCAGAAAGCAUUUUAUCUCCGCAUUUAUCAAUCUUUCAAGCUUUGCAGAAUCCAGAGCUGGAGCUCGACAUGUCUGCUCUCGAUACAGGCACCGAACGAAGAAUUCCGACCCCAAUUAAUACAAACCCAGACUUCAGCACUUAUAAUAGUUUUUACAGAAACGAGGACUUCUCUAUAACAUCAUGGCAAUCAAUACCAUCUGGCUUUGGAUUGGCAGAUCAGAACGCCCCUCCUCCAAGCAGAGCUUUGCGAAGUCCCGCCAAAUUGAAUAGUCCAAAUAUUGGGUCGAUUCUUUCUAGCUCCGAUAACGAAGAGCACAGGUUAGAGGAUGUUCCGGUGCAAAGUUCCAAUCAUGAGGUGAUCAUUUUCGAUUCCGAAUCCUUUUCAGAGUCUUCGGAUGACGAUACCAUAGAUUCCUCCACAGUUGUUCCAUCAUUUGUCAUGCCCCGCGUUUCUGUUCCCAGUCUUGCUAAUUCCAGCUCGGUGUUACAAAACGCAAUCAGAGUCCAAGUGAUUGGCCAUCAACGUGAAAUUCUACUUUCAAGACUCGCCAAAUACCGCAAAACGCUCAACCGGACUGUCUUCACCGACGUUGACCCGUCGUUUAUGGUUGCGAUUGUGAACGAUGAUAACUAUCUGCUUCCGACCUUGAUCGACAAGCCAUUCAUUCCCAUUCUCACCGGCAACUCGAACGCCGACUCGUCAUUGCUGAGGAAGUCGGUUUCCAAGAACUUGAUGAUUUGCGAGCCAAUCCGAAUGCAAACAAUAAACGACAACUUGAUGCCACUUAUCGAGUUUCUCUCGAAUUUGCAGGUUUCCGGAGGCGACUUUGGGAAGGUGAUCGAGCUGUCGGCUUCACAGUAUGCAAUGACGAACCAGCCGCUGUCUCUGGAAAGUGUCAACUCCGUUCUACUGGAUAAGUCUGCCAGAAAGCUUCGCAGAAGCUCGCUACACAAGGAACUGGACGAUUCCAACAAGAACAACGGGUACCCUAAGAACUACAAGCAGGGAUUGCUGUUCGGGAUCACUGUUGGGAUGGUGGGGUUGGUUGUUGUGCUUGUUUGGAAGGAGUUUGCGCCUAGCCCUGUUCCGGACAAGCUUGAGAAUCCGUCCAGAAUGAACAAGAUUCUGUUCAGGCCAAAAGAGGUUCUUCAGUCGGACUGUAAGUCGGACGAAUUUGACUUGCAAGGAAUACCACACGCAAUGGCGGCAUUUUGCGAGAGCGCAGUGAAGGGGUCUGUUGAGGCUCUGGAAUUUGUGAAGACCGAUUUGGAGGCGUUGGGCAAGAUGCUAGCCAGUUCGAGUUUUUUCCUGAUUGAAAGAACAAAACUUACACUUUUGCGACUAAUCGAAAUGACAGGAGAGGUUUUAUCAUGGUAA